AUGGUUUCAAAUUUACCACAUGUUGAUUAUUACAAAGAAUUAGGUAUUAAUCGACAUGCAACACCAACAGAUAUUCGUACAGCUUAUAAACGUUUAGCAUUAACUUGGCAUCCUGAUCGAAAUAAAGCUAAAGAUGCUGAAGAUAAAUUUAAAAAAAUUAAACAAGCUUAUGAUAUAUUAAUUGAUGAUAAUCAACGACGAGAAUAUGAUCAUCGUUGUCAACAGCUACAGCAACAGCAACAACAACGACAACAACAACAAAAGAAAAAUACAUAUUAUGGAUCUGCAACAAAUAUGAGUUAUGGCCAAUCAAAAGCAGAAAAAGAAAAUAAACCAUUUAAUUUUCCUAUAUUUGAACAAUUUAUAUCUCCACCUGUAGAUCCAUUUGAAAUAAUAAAUGAUAUUCAAUAUUUUCAAGAUUCAGAUUUUACAUCCAAAAUGAUGAAUUCGCCUAGCUAUCGUAAUCUUUAUACGCAUCUUUUUAAUACAAUGAAUAAUGAUUCUAAUCAUCAACGUCAUGUUCAUUCUUCGUCACCGAUAUAUUUUAGUAAUGAUCAUAUAUUUCGUCAAACACCAAAAACUCGUUCUAAACCACCGCCACAGCAACAGCAACAACAACAACAACAACCUAAACGUCCUUCAACAAAACGUUUUUCAGCAAAUAUUCCUGUUAUACAUUCAACUAUGACAAAUGAUUGGUUUGUUAAUGAAUUAAUUGAUAUAUAUGAACAUCAAAAUAUUGUAUUUGUACAGCCAUCAUUUAAUAAUGAUCCUUUUUUUGAUGAUUUAUCACAUUGUACAAUAUGUCAUAAAAAAAUUUCAGGUGAUCGAACUAAUUUAAUGCAACAUGAACAACAAUGUCAACAAAAUCAUAAUCGAUAUACAACAAUGCCAUCAACAUCCGUUCGAGUUUAA